AUGUCCAUGUACGAAAAUCCAAAAAUCGUCACAGUCCUCGGAGCAACAGGAAAUCAAGGCAGUGGUGUCGUCCAAGCACUUCUCAAGACAACCACCCCAUCAUUACACGUUCGUGCUAUAAGUCGAGAUGUGACUUCUGCCAGUGCCGAAAAAUUGAAAGCAAGGUUCCCAAACAAUCAUCGAUUAGAACUUGUGGAAGCCAAUGUCUACGACAGGGGAUCCUUGUUCAAAGCAUUUAACAAUUCCUAUGGCGUUUUCGCUGUAACCAAUAAUCGAUUACCCGGGCAGAAGAUUGAGACUGAGAAAGAUAUGGACCAUGAGCUUGAGGCUGGUCGUAAUAUUUUGGAGGCUGCUAAGGCUUGCAAUGUGCAGCAUUUUGUGAUGAGCAGCUUGCCAAAUCUGACAGAGGCUAGUAAUGGCCAGUUCAGCAAGGUCUAUCACUUUGACAAUAAGUCGAAAAUUGAGCAUUGGGCCAGACGGGAGCUCCCGGCAGUUACUUCGUUGCAUCCUGAAAACGGAACUGUCCGAUUCUGUGCACCCAUAGAAGGAAACAAACUCGCCGAUUGGGUAGAUCCAAGCUACGAUAUCGGUUUAUAUGCCGCAAAAAUAUUCUCCCUCGGACCGGAGAAGACAGCAUCAAAGACAUAUCCAGUCGUCAGUUCUAAGCUAACCUUUGCAGAAUUUGCAAAGAUCUUUACUGAAAAGACUGGUCGGGAGGCUGUAUAUGAUCCGAUCACACUUGACCAGUGGGGUGCGACUGUCGCUUCUACUGUUGGCAAGGGGUAUGAGGAGGAUAUUAGACAGAUGAUGCAGUGGAUUUCUGUUGCCCCUGAUGAGAAGGUUUGUUAUGGGACUAUGGAUUCUAGGGAUAACAAGUCCUGGGAGGAUCUGGGCGUUAAAGCUAGCACAUUCGCGGAGUGGAUGGAGCGGACUUUAUGGGCUGGGCCUUGA